AUGGCUGAAACUGCUGCUGCUGGCUUCAUCAAAGUCAUUUUUGAGAAGCUUGCCAAUGAAGCCUUGAUCAAAUAUGUUCGUUGUCAUGGUCUUCAAUCCGAGCUGAAUGAACUAGGGAGCAAAUUGUCCCAGAUCCAAGCUCUCCUUAAUGAUGCUUCUCACAAAGAAGUAACUGAUGAAUCUGUUGGGCUAUGGCUCAACAAUCUGCAACAUGUGGCUUACGAUAUUGAUGACGUGCUCGAUGAUGUGGCUACCGAAGCUAUGUCACCGGAAAAACAGGAAUUCCAAGAUUUAAAUCAGCUUCAAAUGGCUCUUACUAAGCAAUUUACAGACAAACGAUUCCUACUAGUACUUGAUGAUGUGUGGAAUGAGAACUACGACGAAUGGGAAAACCUAGUGCGCCCGCUUCAUGUGGGAGCUCUUGGAAGUAGGAUAAUAAUGACAACUCGCAAGAAGCAAUUGCUCAAAAUGAUAGGCUUUGAUCAUGUAGACCAUCUGGAGAGUUUGUCGGAUACAGAUGCUUUGUCUUUAUUGGCACGACAUGCAUUGGGUGUAGAUAACUUUGAUUUACACCCAACACUCAAACAAAAGGGAGAAUGUAUAGUAGAAAAGUGUGGUGGUUUGCCCUUGGCUUUAAAGGCAAUUGGAAGACUACUAAGGACAAAAUCAGACCAAGAAAAAUGGGAUGACGUUUUAAAUAGUAAGAUAUGGGAUUUAAAGAAUGUUGGUGAUCUUUGUGCAGACUGGAAGACUAUUAUCCCAGCCCUUAGGCUAAGCUACCAUGAUCUUUCUUCAGAUUUGAAGCCAUUGUUUGCGUACUGCUCCUUGUUUCCUAAGGACUUUAGGUUUGACAAGAAGCAGUUGGUCCUAUUGUGGAUGGCAGAAGGGUUUUUGGACCGAUCAAAUGCAAGCAUGUCACCAGAACGCUUGGGCCAUGAAUAUUUUGAAGAUGUUGAUGCAGAUUUUGUAAAUAUUUUCUUAAGCUUUGACAAUCAUAUGGAGUUAGGGAUGGAAGCUUUGGCAAAGUAUCGCCAUAUGUCAUUUAUCCGUGAGAUUUGUGUAGGUUACCAAAAGUUUGAGGUAUUGAAAGGAGCUAGAAGUCUAAGAACAUUUAUGGCUGUAUCUGUUGGGUUGGAUCCAAGGAUAAGUGAGGUACCAGAUUUCAUUGGCAAUUUGAAGCACUUGAGGUAUCUUAAUUUAUGCCGAACUGAAAUCAUAGAGCUACGAGAGAAUGAUGGCAAUUUAUAUAAUUUACAGACUUUGAUCGUUUUUGGUUGUGAGAGAUUGACUAAGUUGCCUAAAAGUUUCUUGAAACUCAAAAAGUUACGGCAUUUUGACAUUAGAGAUACUCCUUUAUUAAAGAAGCUACCAUUGGGGAUUGGUGAAUUAAAAUGUGUACAUACUCUUACCAAGAUCAUCAUUGGAGAAGAGAGUGGCUUUGCAAUACCAUGGCUCAAGAGAUUACAACAUCUCCAUGGGGAAAUAUCCAUUGAAGGGCUACACAAAGUGCAAAGUGCAAUGCAAGCUCGGGAGGCGAAUUUAUCUCUUAAAAGGCUUACUAAGUUACAGUUGACAUGGGAUGAUGAUUCUCACACGGGAACACUUGAAAAGGAGGUUCUUCAUGAGUUGAAGCCAAAUAGUGAUAGCUUAAAAGAGCUUGCAAUUGUGUCAUAUGGGGGAGUAAACUUUCCAAAUUGGGUUGGAGAUCUUUGA